AUGUUCACCAACGACAAACGGCAAGCAGAGAGAACAGGCAAAUACGACACACCAAGACCGCAACACCUUCAACAACUCAUCACCCAAUUCCAAAACUCCACUAUUUCCAACGAAUCCAAAGAAAAAAUCGUCGCUAAUCUCGCUAACUUCUCCUACGAUCCUUACAACUACGCCAUUCUUCGUGACCUCAACGUUUUAGAGCUUUUCAUCGACUGCUUAACUGAGCCUAAUGAAUGUCUCAUUGAGUUCUGUGUCGGCGGAAUCUGCAACGCCGUCGCUGACCCACAAAAUGCUAAGAUUGUUUGUGAUUGCGGCAGCGUUGCAGCGUUGAUUGACUGUCUUUCGAGUCCGGUGAGGAAUACGGUCAAGUAUGCGAUUGCGGGGUUGUAUUAUUUACUUGAUUUGGUUGAUUUGAAAGAGAAGGAAAAUGUGGUGGCUUUGAUUAGUAAGUAUUCUCAGGUUGAUGGGUUUGCUAAUCUUGCUCAGGCUUUGUUGGACAAGAUUUCGGAAACAUGAAUUUCAUGUUGAGGUAAAUUUUUAUCCUUCCUUUUCU